AUGUUGCAAGAGCUCGUCGAGGCUAGGGAAAGGAAUACGGAAGGACGAGAGGCUCGAUGGUUAGCAAAGAGAGAAAUCGUCUCCCAUCUGGCUAAAACACGGCAUCAGCCUAGUCAAGACGUCGGAGCAGUGAGGCUCGUAAAAGUUAGCAACGGUGCAAUACCGUGGGAAGCUGAUUAUCCCAAAAAUCCCAAACGUAGGCGGAAAGACCACUUCGACAGGGAUUUUAACAAAUAA